CAUUUUGGCUAUUACAGUGUACAUCAACUAGCUUUGAUAUCUUCAGCAACUAGCUUUCAAGACAUAGAAGAACACUAAAAUGGUAGUUCCGUCCUUAUUCUCUCCUUCAAAGAUCCUUCCUUUUCCUAAUCCCAAGCAAAUGCAACUUCCCUCAGCUACAAAAUCCCCAAAAUUUCUUUCUGCUUUGUUGCACCCAAUACCCUGCAUUUUCUAUACCGGGCGAACAAUGGCUACGGUUCUGGGGGUCGCUGGUCUGGCUUUAGUCUCCAUUUCCGGGCCUGUUUCUGCUUCUGAACUAGCUGCAAUGGGCUCAUCAGCUAUGCAAUUUUCUGAACCUUCCAAUGCUCUUUCUCUACCCACCUGGGCUGUUCAUGUCUCCAGUGUCAUCGAAUGGGUCACUGCAAUGGCAUUGGUUUGGCAAUAUGGAGAGAGGUCAGGAUAUGAAUCUUGGAAAGGGCUGUCAUGGGGUAUGAGAUCGGUGAAUUGCGAUCAACAUAAAGCAAGAUAAUGAGAGAUUCUGUUUGAAAUAGCCCAUUGUUGGCAGUAGCACGAGUGUGCCAUUACUGGGUGGAGCACUUUGUGCCUGCACUUGGCAUUUCUUCUAUAACUCGGAAUCUCUUGAGAUUCUGGUGGCUCUUCAAGCAGCUUUGACUGUAAUUGGUAAUGGUACAAUGUGCAUUGCUGCAUUCCGCAUAUAUAAAUCAUCUCAAAGGAGUUCCAAAUAGUUGUUCAUUCACCUUGUUUGGUUGAUUUCAUAGUGUUGUACUUCCCAAAUAUAAAACAAAUAUGUAUGGGUAAUAUGUAAUGGCUUUGUUCACCAAGUAUUAGUUGAUUGUGUCGGUGGUUUGUGUUAAUUGUUUUGAUUUGUUGAUUAUGUUAACCGAUUAAAAUUAAUUGUUUCAUAAAAUUGGUUGUUUCUAAAGC